CCGCAACAAUAAUAGUUUUGUCUACAACACUCAUGGAAUCAUAUUUUCAUUACUUCUCCUAUUCAUUCACCUGCCUUAAAAGGUUUGCAGCUGGUCCACAAUGCCUUCGAUUUGCCCAACAAGCUCUGAACUCCUAGCUCUCAACGAUGAUGACUUGGUUUUCCUACAUAGGAGUGACAACAAGAGACACUUGCUUCGAGAUAUCAAUAUUAAUCUCAAGUAUUUUGGCCAUUUUGAGAUUGAACAUCAGAAUGGUCCUGGAAAAUUAAAGGUUUCGCGGUGGCAACCAGGGACGACAUCACUCUGCGGCUCGUGCUCGUUCUGCCUACUUUUGGACCAAGGAGUGCAAAGUUCGCUCGGCUCCCGCUUCUGGCCAUGGAAAGACAUUGCAAGACUUAUGCGAGACAAGAAGCAAAUGAAUGUUGAGUUUGGAGUUCAUCUCAAUAGCUUCGCAUACAUCAAAGACACUUCUCCGUGGGCUGACGGACAGGAGAGCUUGAAAAUUUGGAGCGUAAAUUCAGUUUUCUUGAGUGGACAGUUUUCUCUACACUCUGAUUUGGAAUGGAACAACAUAGCGGCAAUUCUGGACAGUGCACUAGCUCAUAGAUUAGUGGAACUUGAGUUUGAAAUCUUCGCGGACCAGAGCAACUCGCUUGCACAGUUCUUGGAUAUCCAUCGGAAGCCACUUGAUGCAUCGCCUCUUUCAGAGAAGAAUGUUUCCAAUAUGAGGAGAUGGAUGAAGGAUUGCGAUGAAGAUCAUGAAUGGUGUUCUAUGGCUUCGUGGAUACCGACGGCAGAACAUCCCAGCUUCCUCCCAACACGGCUUAUUGAUGUGGGAAAUCCGAAUACUGGGGUCGAACCACGUCUCAUCUUAAGCAACACCCUUCCAAGAUCGGGAAACAGCCAAGUCAACACAUCGAAAUAUGUAGCCCUUAGCUACUGCUGGGGCUCUCCAGAGGAAUCGAGCAGACUGUUGAAAACGACACACUCCACAAUGCGCGAGUGGAUGAACAGUAUAAACUUCGGCACGCUACCACUCGCACUACAGGAUGCCAUCACGGUAGCACGAACACUGGAAGUCCAGUAUAUCUGGAUUGACAGUUUAUGCAUCAUACAAAACGACUCGGAAGACUGGCAAAUCGAGUCCAGCCGAAUGGCUGACAUAUUCAGCAACGCCUAUCUCACCAUUGUGGCAGCCACGGGCGACUCUUGUCACGACAGCUUUCUUUACCGACAACCCAAUCAACUGACUUGCGAUGUACAAGUACAUUCCGAGACUUUUGGUUUGGAGGCAGGCAAGUUCAGUCUCCGUUCCAGACGACCCAGAGGAACGGAGAAGAUGUCUGAGAUUAUUGGAAGUAGAUGGAUCACUCGAGGAUGGACCUUCCAAGAAGAGCGUUUAGCAAGACGUGUUCUGAUGUUUGGCAAAAACAAGUUCUUCCUCGACUGCCGGACCAUUGAGAGGGCGGAGGAUACCGAGAACUACAGAUUACGACCAGACUGGGUCGGAAGUGUGUGCGGAAUUCCUAUAGAGGAGAACGGAGCAAUUCGAGCAUCGAAAUAUUCUCAGAUGAGAUCCUCCAGUGACCACUGGCAGACAUUAUGUAGCCACUACACCUAUCGAGAACUUACGUUCGCUGCGGACAAACUGCCUGCCAUAUCGGGUAUUGCAAAUAGAUUCUCGGAGAAGCUUGGAGGGGUCUAUCUUGCUGGACUAUGGAAGGAUUACCUGAUGCAUGAUCUUUUCUGGUACUGCGCAUACCCCGCGACAAAACCGGAACAAUACCGAGCUCCAUCCUGGUCAUGGGCUUCAGUAGACUUGAAAAUCUCGUAUCCCUUCUGGCGGACCUGUGAGUCGAAUGGGUGUGAGAUGUAUUGCACCAUUCUUGACGCUCAAGUUACGAAUCACGGACUCGAUCCAUUCGGCGCUGUUGAUGAUGGAUUCCUGAAGAUGAAGGGCAGGCUACUCGAAUUACAAGCUCGUCAGAUACCGGACAGAAAGAUGUCCCUGCCACAGUGGAGCCUUCAUUUACAAGACAUUGAGGUCGCUCAAGCUACCCCUGAUACGGAAAUGCUCGAAAUCGGAGACUCGAGAGACUACUGGGCUCUGCUGUUUGCAAAAUGUAAGGGAAGUGAGGGAAGCAAAGCACGCAAAUCCCAAGCGAGAGGACUCUUGCUUCAAAAGUUUGAAGCGGAUCGUGAAGGACUGCCUACAUUCCAACGAAUCGGAGUGUUCUAUGUUGCGCUGACGUUUUCUGAGCAACAUGGUUCGGCUGUCGAUCUUUGGAGGAAUUCAGCUGAUGAAAGCACCAUCCUGAUCAUCUGACGCUCUCUCACUACAAGAAUAUUACAUUAUCUAAGAUGGGAUAUUUUUGAUGUGGCGCAUCCUCCGACCUGCUGCAUCCAAUGUGACAUGCAUUCAUUUCCAAUUCCGAUCCUCAUUCCAACCAUGAAUCAAUAUUAAGUAUCUCGACGAGAUCCUUAUUCAGAUUCAAGUUUCCUACAAAAGGAAAGCAAGAGCAAGAACUCCAGAGAGUCCAGCGGCGCCAGCCUUCAGCGAAGAAGCGGCACCAGUGAACUGUACGCUGGAUGUGGUAGCAGAUGGUGCCUCCACAGUGGUAGGGGUGGAAGCAGCGCUGGAAGUGGCCAAAGUGGUUCCGGAUCCAGCCUGGCAUGCAGCGAAAUCCGCCGCACACUUGGACUGGUUACGGUCUCCUCCAUCCUCACCGUUGCGGCACUUGUUGUACUUGUCCUGGCAAGCGUCGACUGGAGUGGUGCUAGGCGCUGGAGCAGCUGUAGUUUGAGAAGCCUGGGGGCCCUGGCAUGCGGCGAACUCAGCGGCGCAGCGGGACUGGUUGCGAUCUCCUCCAUCCUCGCCGUUGCGGCACUUGUUGAACUUGUCCUGGCAGGUAUCCACUGGAGCAGGGACAUAGGUGGGAGCAGCUGGCGUGGUAGAGGCCGUAGGUCCUUUGCAUGCGGCGAAUUCGGCUGCGCAUCUCGAUUGGUUGCGGUCUCCACCAUCCUCUCCGUUUCUGCACUUGUUGAAUUUAUCUUGGCAGGUGUCGACUGGAGCGGUGCUGUAAGUUGGAGCAGCUGGCGUGGUGGCGGUAGGCCCUUUGCAUGCAGCAAACUCGGCUGCACAUCUGGAUUGGUUGCGGUCGCCACCGUCCUCUCCGUUACGGCACUUGUUGAACUUGUCCUGGCAAGUAUCGAUUGGGGUGGUGCUUGGAGUAGAAGGAUAGGUCUUGGUGGAUGUGCUUGCUUGGCAGGCAGCGAAUUCAGCUGCGCAUCUAGACUGGUUGCGGUCACCGCCGUCCUCUCCAUUACGGCACUUGUUGAACUUGUCCUGGCAAGUAUCGACUGGAGUGGUACUUGGGGUGGAGGGAUAGGUCUUGGUAGAUGUGCUUGCUUGGCAAGCAGCAAAUUCGGCUGCGCAUCUGGACUGGUUGCGAUCGCCUCCAUCUUCUCCGUUGCGGCACUUGUUGAACUUGUCCUGGCAGGUAUCAACUGGGGCUGUUGGGUGUGGAGCAUAGGUCGACGUGAUUGUUGAAGUGGUCAUGUAAACAGAAGUAUGUGUCGAGGCGCCAGAGGUCAUGUAAGUGGUUGCUGGGCAGACAGUGGUGUACACAGUGGUCCCAGCACCUGUGGUGUUAGAGCCGUACUGGGCUGAAGCAGCUGCAGCAAGAGCUGCCACGAGGGUGAUUGAGCGGGCGACCAUUUUGAUAGCGAAUGUGGUUACUUUGCAAAGUGAAUGAAUUUAGAGCAAUCGAUGAUUUACUUGUAGCGUGGGCAGAAGCAUGGAAACUGAUCGAUACUUAUACGUAAACCUCGAAAGCAUUUCAUCACUCGCCACAUAACAAUGCCAAGAGUGUAGAACUAUAAUACGAGGCAACAAAACAAGCGAAUACAACAACCGAGGCAAUUAGCUGGAGAAUGUUACAGUACUAAAGUGACUAGCGCAAGAUAAACAUCUUUUCAUACGCC